UUUGACUUAGUUCUCUCCUUUUCUCCUGUCUAUUAGUCUAUACCUUCCUGCUAGUUAGUUGUUACACGCAAUUUCAUCAAUUUCCUCUCAUCGGAUCUCUUAAACUCCUACAAACGAUUUUCUAACAUUAUUUUCGGAUCAUUUCAACUAAUUAAAUAUCCAAUUCAAAUUCAUUCAUUCAAAUUCUUCAUGAUUUUCCAGCUUUUUCAGUUUUGAUCUAACAUAAUUUAUACCAAAAAUGGCAUCUGAACGGUUAAUCGGGCGAGAGGCUUCCACAUACAUGCAAAUGGAGUCAGAAGAGCCAGCAUCGCCACCAUUUCUAGCCAGAACGACGUCAUCUUUCUUCGCGUUUAAUCAGAGCGACUCGGUUGAGUCGACUCGGAUUUUUGAGGAGUUACCUAGAGCGAGUAUAGUUCAAGUUUCUAGACCUGAUGCUGGUGAUAUUAGUCCCAUGUUAUUGUCUUACACUAUUGAAUUGCAAUAUAAACAGUUCAAAUGGAAAUUGCACAAGAAGGCUGCACAAGUGUUUUAUUUGCACUUUACAUUGAAGAAGCGUGCGAUAAUUGAGGAAAUCCAUGAGAAACAGGAACAGGUUAAAGAAUGGCUUCAAAACCUUGGCAUAGGAGAUCAUGCACCAGUUUUGCAAGAGGAUGAUGAUGCUUUAGAUGAAACUGUUCCAUUGCAUCUUGAUGAAAGUGCUAAGAACAGAGAUGUUCCAUCGAGUGCUGCACUUCCAGUUAUUAGGCCAGCACUGGGUCGUCAGCAUUCUAUUUCAGAUAGAGCAAAGGUGGCCAUGCAAGGGUAUCUAAAUCAUUUCUUAGGGAACCUGGAUAUUGUCAAUUCCCGAGAGGUUUGUAGGUUUUUGGAGGUCUCCAGAUUAUCAUUUUCGCCUGAGUAUGGUCCCAAGCUUAAAGAAGAUUAUGUCAUGGUUAAACAUCUUGCACAGAUUUCGAAAGAUGAUGAUCAUAGGAGAUGUUGUACUUGCAAUUUAUUGAGUUGGUGCAAUGACAAUUGGCAAAAGGUCUGGGCUGUACUUAAACCUGGAUUCUUGGCCUUUCUUGGAGACCCUUUUGAUACGAACCUUUUGGAUAUUAUCGUGUUCGAUAUGCUACCAGCUUCUGAUGGUAAUGGAGGAGGCAGAGUUCUUUUAGCAGAAGAAAUAAAAGAUCAUAAUCCUCUGCGCCAUGCGUUUAAGGUCACUUGUGGAAACCGUUGCAUAAGUUUGCGUACUAAGAAUAGUUCCAAGGCCAAGGACUGGGUUGCUGCCAUAAAUGAUGCUGGGUUAAGACCUCCAGAGGGAUGGUGUCAUCCCCAUCGCUUUGAAUCUUUUGCUCCUCUGAGAGGAUUAACUGAUGAUGGUAGCAUGGCCCAAUGGUUUGUUGAUGGUCAAGCUGCUUUUGAAGCAAUUUCCUUAGCAAUUGAAAAUGCAAAAUCAGAGAUUUUUAUUUGUGGCUGGUGGGUUUGCCCAGAGUUAUAUCUCCGACGCCCUUUUAAGGAUUAUGCUUCAUCAAGGCUUGAUGCUUUACUUGAAGCAAAAGCCAAGGAAGGAGUGCAGAUCUAUAUAUUGUUAUAUAAGGAGGUUGCUUUAGCAUUGAAAAUCAAUAGUGUCUACAGCAAACGAAAGCUUCUGAACAUUCAUGAAAAUGUUAAAGUAUUAAGAUUUCCAGAUCACUUUUCAACUGGUGUUUACCUGUGGUCCCAUCAUGAAAAGAUUGUGAUUGUUGACAAUCAAAUAUGUUUUAUUGGUGGAUUGGAUUUGUGUUUUGGUCGAUAUGACACAUUUGAGCACAAAGUGAAUGACUAUCCUCCAGUUAUAUGGCCUGGAAAGGACUACUACAACCCAAGGGAAUCUGAACCAAACUCUUGGGAGGAUACCUUAAAAGAUCAGUUAGAUCGCAUGAAAUAUCCACGUAUGCCAUGGCAUGAUGUUCAUUGUGCUCUUUUGGGGCCUCCUUGUCGGGAUGUGGCAAGACAUUUCGUUCAACGUUGGAAUCAUGCAAAGAGGAAUAAAGCUCCAAAUGAGCAAGCGAUUCCACUUCUUAUGCCUCAACACCACAUGGUUAUCCCACAUUAUAUGGGGAGUGAUGGGGAAGAAGUUGAAGAUGUGAAUGGGGUUGAGGAUCAGUCUUUAAAAAGGCAAGAUUCCUUUUCUUCCCGAGCAUCGUCUCAAGAUAUACCAUUGCUUUUGCCUCAAGAGGAGGGACAAGAAGAAGUUUCAAAGCUGAAUGAAGUUGAUGAGAGCCAUGACCAUCAAAUGAAGCUUAUUAGAAAUGUUCCGUUUUCUUUCCGGAAGGCCAAAAUUAAACCUUUAGUUUCAGAUAUGCCAAUGAAGGCAUUUGUUGAUGACUUUGACGUAGUGGACGGUGCAACACAUGUUGGCAUGAAAUCAUUAGAUAAAGAGUGGUGGGAGACCCAAGAGCGUAGCAGUUUGGUGGUUCCUUCCAUUGAAUCUGGACAAGUUGGACCUUGUGUCUCCUGUCGCUGCCAGGUUAUUAGAAGUGUCAGUCAAUGGUCUGCUGGAACAAGCCAAACAGAACAAAGUAUCCAUAAGGCGUAUUGCGCACUAAUUGAAAAGGCAGAGCAUUUUAUUUACAUCGAGAAUCAAUUCUUCAUAUCUGGUCUUUCAGGAGAUGAGAUAAUACAUAAUAGAGUAUUGCAAGCCAUGUACCGGCGCAUCAUGAGGGCAUUUAACGACAAUAAAUGUUUCCGGACUAUUGUUGUCUUACCUCUCUUACCAGGAUUUCAGGGGGGUGUAGAUGAUGCUGGAGCUGCAUCUGUGCGUGCAAUAAUGCACUGGCAGUAUAGAACAAUAUCAAGAGGACUGAAUUCAUUAUUACAAAAUCUUUAUAAUGUUAUGGGCCCAAAAGCACAUGACUACAUCUCUUUCUAUGGUCUUAGGGCUCACGGUAAACUGUGUGAUGGUGGUCCAGUUGUUACCAGCCAGAUAUACGUGCAUAGUAAAAUCAUGAUAAUUGAUGACUGCAUGGCCCUGAUUGGAUCAGCGAAUAUCAACGAUAGGAGCUUGUUAGGUUCCAGAGACUCUGAGAUUGGAGUUAUCAUUGAGGACAAGGAAGUAAUAAAUUCACGUAUGGGAGGAAAACUGUGGAAGGCUGGAAAAUUCACUUUAAGUCUUCGCCUUUCAUUAUGGGCUGAACACCUUGGUCUUCGUCCUGGAGAUAUCCCUCAAAUCCAGGACCCUGUGAUUGAUUCAACCUACAAAGACAUAUGGAUGGCAACAGCAAAGACGAAUACAAUGAUCUACCAAGAUGUCUUUGCCUGUAUCCCUAAUGAUCUCAUACAUUCCAGAGCUUCACUUAGACAGAAUGUGGCUUACUGGAAAGACAGACUUGGACACACUACCAUCGAUCUCGGGGUAGCGCCUAAAAAGUUAGAAUGCUAUCAAAAUGGAACCCUCAAAGAUUCCGAUCCUCUAGAGAGGCUCGAAUCUGUUAAAGGGCAUCUUGUGUCCUUUCCAGUUGAAUUUAUGUCACAAGAAGAUUUGAGACCAGUGUUUAAUGAAAGCGAGUAUUACGCAUCACCGCAAGUCUUCCAUUGACAUAAUUUAUCGCCAAUAGUUGCAAAUUAGACGAGCAUAUGUACAGCACAGGCAUCAUUGUAUAGCACAUGAACAAAAAGUCGAAAACCAGAGCAACUUGUCUUGGCAUAUAAUAAGAAAGUUGAUCUCAGAGAAGGGUUUUGCCUUUUUGAUAGUAUCCUUCUCUUGCAAAGGAAGUGGAGUUACAAUGACCCAUUAAAUUUGCUAUAGAUCUGUAACAGCGUUGAGGUCUCACGCUUAAAGAGAGGAGUUUUUAACGGCGUCUUGCUAUUGAUGUAUAGUAAAUUAUUGUUGUAAAAUUCAAUUCAUUACAAGGAUAUGAUUUCAAAUUUUUUCCACCCAAUUCUGUACAUGAAUCCUACGCCUCCUUGUUUGCAUUUAACACUUUGUAAACAAUAAGGUCCAAUCUAAUAGAGAAUAUUGCCUUUUUCUGAA